CAACAAACAAGCAAAUCCAAUAACUUGAAUCUUUUCAUACAUCUUCGGAAGUUUCAUAGGAAUUCAAACUUUCAGUCCCAAAAAAAACAGUAAUGGCUUUCGUGAGAAGUAUAUUUGGUGCAAAGAAGAUUCUUGGCCGCUCCACAACAGCAGCAACAAGCAAAAGGUUACCCUCAGCGGCACCAAAGGGGUUUCUUGCUGUGUACGUAGGAGAGGCUCAGAAGAAGAGAUUUGUAGUGCCAGUCUCUUACUUGAGCCAGCCUUCAUUUCAAGCUCUUCUAAGUAAAGCCGAGGAAGAGUUUGGGUUUGAUCAUCCAAUGGGUGGCUUAACGAUCCCUUGUCCUGAAGAUGCAUUCAUAGCUGUGACGUCUCGGCUCCAAUGAAUUUUUUUUUAAACUUAGAGAUAGACUUGUUCCUUGUAA